GAAACCCGAUUCGGAAAAACUAGGAUUUUUGUUCGUCAUUUCUAGUCAGUGGCAAUUAUGCGUGCCGUUAUUGAGGAAAAGGACACUGCUUGUUGAUUAUAUAGCAAUUGAAGUAAUACACACGAAUCAAUCAGUGAAUUAUCAGUAUCAUUGUCAUGGAGUUUCGUUUUUGACAUUAAUGAAGUAGAAGGUGGGAAAACGACAGCAGAGACAAUUCUGCCCUUCUACGAAUGGAAGUAGGAUCUCUCUUCCGAAAGACUUCAUGUUGAAUCGUGGAGAAACUAGCCUUUUUUUUACUACGGACUGACUGGAGACAAAUGAAAAAGCCGCGAGUAACGUGCUAGUGCAAGGGUGAAACGGAAAAAUUUCUAUAAAAGUAGAUCAUAUAAAGGCAGUUAACACAGACAUGAUGAAUAUUGUGGUGCUCGGAAAAUAUUGUGCGUUGGUCCUAUUAGUUGGCAUUUCACUCAACAGAGCUUGCGUGCAGGGAUUGCGGCUGGUUCGAGUUGACCUCCCCAGUGGGGUUAUUCUGGGAGACUCGGCUAGAUUAAACUGUUCGUUUGAUCUCGAAAACGACCAACUGUAUUCCGUUAAAUGGUACAAGGGUAACAGAGAGUUUUUCAGAUAUAUUCCGUCGGACACACCUCCUUCACAAACUUACUAUCUGCCUGGGGUCCAUGUAGACAAGAAGCAAUCAAACAUGAACGUACUAGUUCUGGCGAAAACAGAUAUAUCUAGUGAGGACAGAUAUAAAUGUGAGGUGAGCGCGGACGCUCCUUCAUUCCAGACAAUCCGCGCAGAAAAGGAUCUCAAAAUAUACGUUUUACCGAAAAAAGGUCCAGAAAUUGUAGGAGUGCGUCCUCAAUAUGAUGUCGGGGAUGUCGUGAACGUCACAUGUCAUGCGGGACCUUCAAGACCAGCUGGAGUGGUCGAAUGGUUGAUCAAUGGAGACCACCCAUCGGAAGAAGACGACGCCGCACAGGUAACCUAUCCCGUAGCCCGUGAACACGGCCUGAUGAAGUCAAAGCUGGGCCUGACCUUUCGUGUUGCCCGGAGACAUUUCGACCAUAACGGGGUCAUGAAGCUUAAAUGUAUGGUUACGGUUUCCGAAACAUUCUCUCAAAGCAGCGAGAAGAUUGUCAUUGGAACCGAUACGAAAUCGUAUCGAGAAGAAGUUCCAGAUGACGGUCCGGUUAUAUACGGGGGUCAAACGCAUUACCACGUUGGAGAUACAAUGAAUGUAACGUGCAUAUAUGCACGUCAAGGCAAGCCGGUUUCAAUGACCUGGUUACUCAACGACGAAGAGGUUCAUCACAAGUACCUUGUACACUAUCAACCAGAAAAAGACGAAUUAGGCAGAUAUCGGACCGCGCUCGGUCUUAGGUUUACCGUUCGUUCAGCACAUUUCCGGCAUGACCAGCUACAGCUGAAGUGCAUCGUGGAGGUAGAAGGCCCGGAGAGGCCACAUGCUGUGCAUCACAGUGCCAUCCCGGGAGUUAUACAUCCAAUAGACUUUCAAGGCCACAGGCCACACGGAUCACAAAAUGGCCACGGACAAAGGAACGUUAACAAUGGUCAUCAUCAGAUCACGCCCCCAUUGUCCGUCUUCGAUCACAACAACCUCAGUCAACAAUACUCAGCGAAUUGUGCGACGACAAUGGCAUGGAACUUACCAUUCCUGUACAAUAGUUUUGUCGCCGUAUGCGUUGCAAUGCAAGCAGUUUUACAUUUGUUGCUCGGAUCGUACGUUUGAAUUCUAUCGUUUAGUCUAUUGGCAACGGUACAACGUGGGAUACAGACCGGAUAAGCAGGAACGCUGUCUCUGAUCCUCAUCCUGAAUUCAGGGAGCCUAUUGACCUGUUUUAUCUUCACAGUCGGUCAGAUCAAAAUGUCCACAAAGAAUACCAACUAUGACGACUAGCUUUUGAGUUGAAAGGACAGAGACGCCUUUACCGGCGUGCAAACUACGUACACACGCGGCCAAACGCACGAAUGAUGACACACACAGUUUCAACUUAAGCUUAAUUUCAACCAACGCAACAAAUGCAUAAAAAUAACUGCUUUGAGAUGUUUUGUACAUAAAUGUGAUCAUAUAUAUAUAUAUAUAUACUAAUAAUGAUAGUGAUGGCUGAUGACGCUAGUCGGCGGCGGUACAAUGACUGUAUUUAUGACGGCACGUGGAAAUGUUAGAUAGAGGUGUUAAACGACGUUACGAGUGGAAGCUGACGUGUAUCUCGUCUGCUGAUAAAUGUUUACACAUAUAAGGAGGGGUACAGGUACUGACCGCCACCCAGUCCAGCGUUCAGAAUAUUGCAUAUCCGACUUAAGAUUUACGUUUAUGAGGGAAAAAGCAUUAAUGAUGAUGAUGAUAAUGAUGAUGAUCAUUUUAGACGAAGUCGCAUCAAGAACGGAAAGCAUGCUUUACUCACGGCCGAAGAAACACUGUUACGUGCUGUACAGAUGAAUCUAUGUACUUUCGUAGUAGAUGUCUGCAUCCCGUGAGAAGGAGGUAUUUCUCGUCGUUCAGAUGGCAAACAGCGUGGAAAGGACAGCCGUCAGAGGGAGGUGGAAUAACGAGUCUGAAGGAAACCCAAGUAGAAAGGAGAAACGCUAUAUUUGCUGCAUCAGGAAAAAAUGUUAUUAGCUUAAAACCGCAAUGGAUUUCCGAGAAUUUUUCCAUUCCGUCUUCUGAAAUGGUGCAGCUGAAAAUCAAAACAGUAGGGUUAAUCAACUGCCAAUAAGACCGGAUAUUUAGUGAAAUGCUAUAAGAAAAUAUAGACAGAUUUGUAAAAAAAGGCACAGCGAAGAAAUGUUUACUUUACAUCUAGACCGUGAAAAGGGAAUGACAUGAAGGGAAGAAAGACCUGAUUUAUUGUGUGCUUUAGGUAAAUCGUCUACGUGAAUUAAGGUAACAUUCAAGCCAUUUAAUUCUCGUUCAGGUUCAGAUAAAGCCUGAGGUUAGAUUGAGCAGGUAAAAAGAACUCGAUUCUAUUUUGCGAUUAUGAAAAUCAGCCGUAUUAUGCCCUACUGCUGCGAUUUGAACACAUCUGUAGACGAAGAUACAUUUGGGCCUAGUAAGAGCUUAUUGUAAGUUUAACUAAAAAUAAAGUACGGAACACCUAUACAGGAAAACCUUGGAAUAAUGUCAGAUCGUCUACUACACAUAAUAUUCAAUUUAGAUUAAACGAUGCACCAUAUUAAAGGAGGAAAUGUGUGGGAGAUUUUUUACUCAGUGGGUGUUAGUGGUAUGAACGUCGUAUAUACCGUAAAAGCUAAAUGUACAAUGACGUCAUAAUACAAUAACGAUUACCGAAUAAAAAUUGUAACAAUUCUAGUCAGGCUGUGUUUUAGCCAAAGAUUAGCUGAGUCAGAGUUAGAUACCAUUAGAAAUAACUAGCAUUUAACAGGCAACUCUAAGCGGACAUAUUCGCCAAUUCCUAAACAGCUCUCUUCCAAGUCUAUUCGACGGUGCCACAAGAUUUCUAGCGUUUUCUUCGUCAAGACGUUCAUGCACUUGCGUAUGCGAGGCUUCACGUUGAAGUAGUGAUGUGCUGGACUAGCUGCUUCACAAGAACGUGCUGAAUGUACACUUGUUUACCCUACCGGUGCUUGUUUUGAUCAGCUUUUUCGUGUUUCUAGUUUAGCUAUCAUUAACUAAUCGAACUUCUGUAUUUUAAACAUUUCCUCGAGUUUCGGCCGGCAUCUCACUUGUCACUGUUAUAGACGGAUAUAUAGGUUGCUUGAGGCCCAUAAAAUGGAACAAUAGGGGCUCAUUGAUGAAUUUCACUGAAUUGAACCUGUCUGUCGUGCUAUAUAUAUAUAUAUAUAUAUAUAUAUAUUGCCGAACAGAAGAUUUAAAAAAACGUAGUCGUGCAUUUUUAACUACGUUACAGCUGUGCAGUGCACGAUCCAAUGGCUUUUUGUUCAAGGAAGAACGAGUAUACAAUCACAUGUUUGUCGCACACAAAUUGUCGCUUAGGUAGAAAUCGUUUAUUCAGUAUAUAACAGGUGAAUUGAAUUUUGUAAAAUUAAUUAGAACUUUGGGACUCAAAGAACUUCGGUAUGGUUUAUCCAUCAUGAGCUGACCUUGUCUCCAUGAAUGCUUUGGGAUUCGAAACGGAAAUAGGUGAUA